AAAACAGCAGGAGCUACAGCACACAGCAACAGCAGUAUGUGAAAAAGUUCAUAAGUGAAAGGUUCUUGUUAUCUGAAUUCAAAUUCAUCUAAAAUAUUUUGUAUUCAUCAAUUCAUUAAAUUGUUCCAUUCUCGCUGCUUAGUCGAAACUAGACACACGUAAAACAAUAGGUAUACAUAUAAGUUUAAAUGUAUCCACCAAUUAUGUGCUUUACCUAUUUCAUUCGUGUUCGCUUUUCUUGUUUCUUCAUCGAAACCGGUGACGUGGUCGCGAUCGACUUUCUAUGUCUAUGGCUAUAGUCAUAGAGCUCAUAGACCAUAGUGUGUUAUUAUAAUUAACAGAAAACUGUUGUGUGAAUGCGCUCGUAGUUAAAGAAAUGAAGAUACUCUGAGAUAUUUUUUUUAAAGUUGGGCCAAAGUGAAUGAAACAAAAUUGGUUUGUUAUUAUGGAGAACUGUAUUAUUGUGGACUUGUCCGAUGAUGAGGAAAUGGAGAACAUGAGAAAGAAAUUGGAUCGGAAGCGGUUCAACGAACUCAAGAAGUACAUUCCAUUCUUGCAAUAUAUUACAGCUCAUGAUCCUGUAAAAAAUGAAAAAUAUGUCAAAUUACUCCAAUGGUUUAAUUCAACCAAAAACUUUCCAGCGAGAAUUGCAACAACAUGUGAAUCUGCUAUUAAAAAACGAUUUCAGACCCUUCAUAAAUCUAUGGUGUUUCCUCCUCAUAUAAUUUCGAUUUUUGAAGGCGGAGGAGAAGCAAUUGAUCUUGUUUCAGAUGAUGAUUGCCCUGAGACAUCGGAGAAUGCAAAAGACAAAAGCAGCAACAACAACAACAACAACAAUAAGGCUAACAACUCUUCGAGAAAUAUUGAAAUCACUAAAAGUAAUGCUUCACAGCAAAAACAGCAAAACUCCAAAAACACAUCUGAAACAUCAAAUUUUCAAUCAAUAGAUGAUAUUGAGGAGGGAGAAGUUUUACAAGACUCCGAAAAAGUUGUUGAAGAUGUAAGAGUGAAGAAAACACGCAAUGUGUCCUUAUCUGAAAUUUCAUUAAAAGAACCAAGUUAUGAAAGUAAAGACCCUGCGACGAAGGACGAUAACGAUGAAACUAUAAAUCAAGACUUAUUUAGUAGAAUUGACAAUCUUGAUGAGGAUUCUUUAAAACCAAUUGCUUUAACUGAAUCUCCGAAUCAUUUUGACAUAGGAAAAGAGUCUACUCAACGCAAAAGAAGUCCAAUUUUAAGACCAAAAAACUUAUCAACAGAUAACUUAUCAAAUAUUUCUGAUGAUAAUCUGCCCUCAAACGAAAUAUUAGUUCAAAGAAAAAAAAAGAAAAAACACAAACACAAGAAAAAAUGUCAAACUUCUUUGGUUGAUGGAUCAGAAACCGAAAACCAUGAUUUGGAGAGAGAGAAAACACAUGAAGAAGAUCAGAACGAUUCACCAAGACAUCAAAAGAAAAGUUCCAAAAAGAAAAGAGAAAAAUUGAAAAAAACAAGGUCAUUGUAUGUUUCUGAUGAUGAGGAUGACCAGCCAAAUCCAGUUAAAAAUUAUGUAGCACCUGUUAAAUCUGUUAAAAUAUCAGAAUCGGAGCUUUUUCAAAGAAGAGAUUCUUCGAAAAAAGAAACGAGUACUUCUGAAAAAUCUGUAAUGGAUUCUAACACUGUAGUACUUUUAGAUUCAGAAUCUGAUGAAGCUGAAAGCAAUACUUUGGUUCCUGAAGAAAAGAUUAAAACCAAUUUUCAAACCGAAUCAAGUUCUAUUUCAGAGCCACAGCCAUUUAGAGUCGAAACGGUACACAAGCCGUCCACUUUAAUUAUUGGAGAGAAAACGUCUUCUACUUAUUUAUUAGAAAAAUCAAAAGAGGUCAUACAAUCCAGCCCUAAUAAAAUGAAAGAUCUUAACAACAUGGAUCUCAACGAACUUAACGACAUAUAUGCCAAGCUUUGUGAAAGAACGGGUAUUCAACUAGAAGAGCUUUUGGGUGAUUUAGUUACCAAAUCAUCGGUGACCAAAAACGAACACAAUACAGAUAUUAUAACAAUUCAAGAUACUAACAAUUAUAAUAAUGAAGCCUUUGAAGUUUGUUAUGAUUCCUACAAUUUGGAGGAAGAGCAUCUUCAACAAAAUCAGUUUCAACAAGUUAAUCAUCAACAAAUUCAACAUCAUGAGCAGCUGCAUCAACAAGAUAAUCAUUACCAGCAACAACUGGAACAGCAACAAUUUCGAACACAUCAACAGCACCAACACCAACAACAACAACAAGCUUUUCCGAAUCAUAUGCAUGGCUCAUCCAAUCAUAUCCAAAACAAUCUCUCAGUAAACUACACUUACCAGAAUUCUCUGAUGCCGAAAUUAAAUUUAAAUGAUCCUCGAAUCGUGCAAAAACUGAAACAAAUAAAAGACUCGCCAAUUCAUAACUUAAGCAUCCGUGAGUCUGCCACUUGGCUCAUGAAUAAUUGCAAUUCCCAACGUCCAACAUAUAAGAGUUUACCACCAGUUGUAGUAAAACCGACUUCCAGUACAGCCACAACAUAUGGAGAGCAUAAGCGACUAAAAGAGUUGGAAAAACAAGAAUCCGAACUAGCGAGACAAAAUAAGGAAAGAGAGAGGAAUCGUUCACCAAUCGAAGUGCUGGAAAAUGUUCUUAAAGCUCGUUCUGUUAGUCCGAAAGUUGAUAGUACACAAAAACAACAAUCAAAAGAUUCGUCUGGAUCAGAAUAUGGUGAAAGUGAUAAGGGUAAAACAAAAUCAAAUGCAAAGCGGAAAAAUUCUUCUGAAUCUGAAAGUGUUACCACAGGUAGAAGAACUGCGGAUUCGCGAACUAAUGAAGACAAAUCUGAAGAUGAGGAAACGGUGGUUAUGAGUUUUGGAAGACCCAAAUCAAGGGCACGCAUUGUUUCAUCAUCAUCUUCUUCAUCAAAUGACACCAUAGAGUUUCCACACUGUAAACCUUCCACUGACAAUACAGAAUCAAACAUAGCAAAAGUGGUUAAAAUCGUUAUGUCCGCAUUAAAUCAGUCAAAGGAUAAUUUAGUACUAACGCCAUCAAAGUCGCGAAGAAAUUCAGCUCGAAAGUCAACAGAUUCUACAAAAAGUGAUGCAAAAUCACAAAAAUCCAACAGUAACUCUGUUGAAGAUGGACUUAAUAAAGUCGAAGACGCUUCAUCAAAUAAUAAAAACAGCAAUAACAAUGGAAAAUCAAAAUACAAACGCCCACGUCGAAAGACAAAUGAUCAAUUAAAUAAAACGCCAACAAAACCAGCUCAACCAAAACGAGGUAACAGGGAACUAGAGAAUCUUAAUUGCACAUUUAAAGAAUACAGCGAUAUGUUUGAAAAGUUUUUGCUGCCAACAAAUGAUGGAAAGAGGCUGUGCAGCGCUGCUGGUAAUCCCACGAAGAUGCCUGAAUUCAGCUCAUCAGAUGGUUUAAAUACAAAAACAAGAAAAACUGCAAAAAAUGGUGAUAGCACAGAUAGCGAACUUGAUCCUUCCACUAAAGUUGUUAAGGCAGCACGAAUUGGUUUUCGAAGAAAGACUUACGGUGCAGAAGAAACACAACCAAGAGGAACAAACAAGUCAUCGGGCUCUAUAAAAGUUUGUUUUCGGCGUUUGUCAGAGCGCGAAGGGUUUAGCGUUGAAAACAUACAUGAUAUAGAAUCAUCAGAUGAAACUGAUGAGUUUGACAUCGAGGAACACCGUAAAAUCAAAAGUGGAUUGCAAAUGACAUACAAAAAUAUCAAUAAGGAUCCAUUUAAUCCGGUAUUGAAAGUAACCUUAAGCAGGCUUUCAACAAAUGAAAUAAAGAAGUGGAUAAAAUGUGAUGAAGUUAAAUCAAAUAAUUUGAUUUCAUCGAUUCCUACACUUAUAGCCCAAACCACUAAACCUCCAAAUGAGAAUGAUAUUUCAAAACGACGUGAAAUUGGUGAAAUGCCUAUUCUUGUUCCAUUUACUUCUAAGCCAGUUGUUACUCCCAAAAAAACAACACCAAAAGGUCCAUUACAUUUGAAUAACGAUAAAAGCAUGACUCUUAAUUCAACUAAAACUUGUGCCAUUUGCAACAAACGGCCCAAUGAUCUAACAAAUCAUUAUAUCGUACAACAUCAAACUGAAUCCUAUACCUCUCGCUUAACUUCGCAAGAUAUUGACAAUCUUGAAGCGAACAUAACUUUAGCUGUUCGUCACCGAAAUCGCUAUAGAGUGACGUGUGCAUUUUGUCAAGUUGAGCUUGAAGAUAAUUUUGUAAAUUUCCACGCCCACUUCUCUUUUCAUACUGGCGAAUAUGGAUUCAAGUGUGCUGUUUGCGAUUUGGUAAAACCCUAUAGAGAGGAUAUUCGUUCCCAUCAAUAUCGGACUAGUACAUGCUUAAAUGGUAAAAUUCGAUCAAAUUACUUGUAUUCUCCAGAUUUGGUAGUAAUUUAUUUGUAUGUUUGCAAUUUGUGCAACUUCGUUCAACUGAACGAAGCAAAUAUUCACAAACACCAACGUGAUCACCAUGGCUUUCGGCUCGAAGAUCCACAGAAUGUGAAAAAGGUUAUCAUUGCUGCUCUGGACAAUGGAGAAAUUUUAAAUGAAAUUAUGCCUGCCGAUCGGGAUGAGGAUGACUUCCCCACUCCUCCAUUAGAAAAAGAUAAUCAGCAGUUGGAGCAAGAGUUUUUAGAUGAAAACCCACUUGACAUUAAGGACGUUUUGGUAGAUCAGGAACUUCCUAACACAUCACAAAUAGCUUCGAUUGAAAAUCUUCUUCAAGAUAUUAAUGUGGAUAACGAUGCGUUGGCAUAUGAAAUGGCCCCCAGUCCUGAAGAUGGCCUGAAGUUGCUCCAUUCCCCUUCGGAUACGUCGGCAAAUGUAAUGACUGUCGUACAUACUUCUAAUGACAACACAUGCCAAGAAAGUCAUAAACCUAUAAUGGAACCAUUGGAUCAAAAACCAGAAUUAAAAGAAAUAAAAAUAGAAUCUGUUGCAAAUGAGCGACUGGAAAUGCCAAAAAUGAUUUAUCGACAAAUGUUUGGAGAUUCAUCUAAUUACUUUGGAAUGUAUAAAUGUACCAAUAGCGGUUGCUGGUUUAGCUCCAAUGAAGCUGAGAGAUUUAUUCAGCAUGUAGCGACCUCUCAUGACAGCAUCAAACGCAAAAUCAGUUUGGAUUGCGCUUAUUGCCAAUUUAAAACUACUAAGGCUCAGAAUAUUGUAGGUCAUGUGCGCGCAAAACACGCAAAUUGCCGAUAUCAAUGUGCUGAAUGUUCUUACCGCAGUACGAUACCCGGGAACGUUGCCAUACACAGAAGAAUGUGCCAUAAAAACAGUACUCUAGAUAAAGGUAUCUACGAAUGUGCCAGUCGUGUAAGCCAAUUAAGUGACAGAUUGGCUGAUCUAAAGCAGAAAAUGGUUGCAAAUAUUCCGCCCUUAAAAUGUCCAGAUUGUUCCGAAAGCUUUUAUGCCAUCUCAUCUUUAAAGUCUCACAUCCAAAAGACACAUCCGUCGAGUUUCAGGAAACUGGAUCCUAUUGCUUUUACUGAGCUAGCAUGUCUGCAUUGUAAAAAUGAGUCAAAUGAUAAAGAGAACAUGCGAAUUCAUUUGGCGUUAGAACAUCCAGAUGAAAUUGGUUAUGUGGCAGAAAGGAAACUUAAAAAUAUAGGAUGUGUGGACGCUGUAGAAAAUCUUAAUAUGAUCAAUAUAAGUUUGGCUGUUGCCCCAUCCGACAUAUAUACUGCUCUGAUUGAUGAGUGUGACAUUAUUGCUACUGCAACAGACGAUGUUGGCCCAACAUUAAUCGAAGAUGCUCCCCCUACAAAAGUUAUCAAACCAAAUCCUGCUGAAAUCCUAACUGAAGACGUAGCAUUGAUAUUGCCGAAAUCUACAUCUCCUGUCGUAGCAAACAUUUCUGUGACUUCAAUGGAAGAAGAAAAACGUCUACGACCUUUGCUCGAACUUCUCACCGAAAACACUGGCCCUCCUCCAUCUAGCUUAUACCGUUGUCCUGAAUGUAUCGCUUCAUUUUUACAUUAUGAACUUUGGCAAAAACAUAUCAUAACGCGUCAUAAAAUCACGAAUACAGUAACAUGUCCUUAUUGUUCGAAGCAAUUCUCACUUGAAUUGGCAAUAAUUCAUUUUGAGAGCCACCGUCGUCAUGAAUAUAUCUGCUAUCAUUGUGUAACGAGCUUUUGUUCAAGAGAAAAGAUAUUUCAGCAUUUUGCAUCCUUUCAUCCCGAAUUUCGAUCAACAAUCGAAAGAAAAGUUACAUUUGGUGAUGUGUCGUUUUCUAUUUUCAAAGAAAAAAUAGUUUCAAUUGGACCAGUUGAUUGGUUACCUUUAUUUCAGAAAUUAUCUGACGCCUUGCGCCAGCAAUUAAAAACAAAGCUCCAACAGAAUCAACACAAAGAGUGGCUGGCGGGAAUUUCUGCUCCAUGUCUCGCGGAGCUUGAAGUUCCUCAGUAUAUCAUGAAUGGACUUCCACGCUACAAAUGUCUUUGCAAAUCAUGUCCUUAUGUAGGAUCAGACGAAAAUGCAUUAAAUAUUCAUAUGAAUGCACAUGUAGCUCCCGACAAAUACACGUGCUCGCACUGUGCCAUAACUCAAAGUAACCCAUGUUGGGAAAAUAUAAAAGACCAUAAAAUGCUGCAUAAACAGGAAUUGUACAUUUGUUGCGUAUGCAGUUUUUUUUAUCAUAGUUCUGCCGGAAUGCUUAAACACAUAGAAAAAUUUCACAAUUUCAGAGAUGUUCCAGUAAUAAGCAUGUGGAGAGAUGAAAUUAACUAUAAAAAUUCCUUAUCUAUUGUUUUUCCAGAGAAAAAAAUGACCUUUUCAACAACAGAUACUUGCUUUUGUUGUUCCAAAAUUAUGAAAAGGAAAAUAGUCCCACAUUUGAAAAAAGAACACAAAAUAACUCUUUGUCCAAAAUGUGUUAUAUGUGAUGCAAUAAUUUUAACUCAUCUAGACGCAGAGAUUCAUGUCAAAGAGCAUAAGCAGAAUUCAUUUAGAUUGAAGUACGAAAUACUUACGCCUUUUUUAUACAGAGCGAUAGUCACGUCAAUAGCUCCGUUUAAUUUCGAAACCCGAUUAAUAAAAGAAAAGCGACCGUCUCAAACUCAAGACAUAGCUGCCUCAAUAUCAAAAAAAAUAAAACCUAACGAGGAUAUUCCUAUUGAAAUAAAGAAAGAAAUUGUUGUUAAAACCGAGUUCGAAGAAGAAAACGAUGAAACGCCAAGUACUUCGAUUAAAUGUGUGAACUUACAAAAUCUUAUGCAAAAUCAAAAUAACUUGACUCAAACAGGAAUUAUUUCUGUGCAACCAAUCUCAGCAAUAACAAUUGGAAAUCUUCAACAAACUCCAUAUCAAAGAGAAUCCGUUGGGCGAAGUUAUAUUCCAAACUACACAGUGAUAACAAACAAUGCAGGGCUAAUUGUUCCACAAAAUAGUUUUGGAAAUAACGUUCUGAUACCAUCCAUAACAGCAACUUUUCCAAACCCACAAGAAAUAAUGCCUGUUUUGAGAAAUGAAAGCACAUGCUUAUCAGUCAACGAACAAUUACCAAUAUGUUGUGAAAUUAAUCUUCCUGAACUUGCUCCAAUAUGCGGCAAUUGCAACCUUGAAUGCACAGAUUUCACAAAUUUAAAAACUCAUUUUGCAUCUACUCAUUCAAAUGUACGAUUUUUAUUUCGGUUAGCACGACAAGUUGAAUGUAUGUACUGUUCUUUUCGGGGUAGGGUACACUAUUUAUCAGCGCAUCAGAGAAGCUUUCAUAGCGAUAAGAUGCCCUUAUGCCGGAGCCUAAUAGAUCCCAAUCGCUGUGGUAUUUGUAAUGAGAUUUUUACCAGAGCUCCUGCUGUCAAUCAACUUCAGACAUUUGUCUGUGCAUGUCCAACACGUCAGAGAUUACUUGCAGAUUGCUUGGAUUCAAAUACAUUAGCAUUGCUACAAAGUUACGGUCAACAUUUCGCCCAGUAUACAUGUGAUGUGUGCAACACUCCUUACAACCGCGAACAAUUAUGUAGAGAACACAUAGUCAAAGCUCAUAAAAGAGCUUUGUAUCCCAGACUGACUAACGUAGGAAUGAUGUUUGUUUGCUUCUCGUGUGAAAAAACAGAUACAUCUAUUGAUCGAAUUAUUGAGCACAUAGAUACAAUACAUUUUAGAGUCAGAGGAGACAUCCCUCCUAAUUGGAGAUCUGUUUAUAAAAAGAUAAAUAUUAUUUAUCGAAAGGGCCUUACUAUUUGUGCUGAGGACUUAAAAAAUACACAAUACUGUCACGAUAUAGAAAGUUUUAAAAAAGCUGUGAAAGAUUCUGAAAAAGUGUUAAUUUAAAAAAAAAUUAUUUUUAUUUCUUUUAUUUAAAUUACUCUGUAAAUAAUAGUUUUUAGUUGUCGACACUCAGUGUACUAAAGUGUUCACCAAACAUUUUCAUACAUGUCCGAGUUGUAAGUAAUACUAACUUAUACUUGUUUAUGAAAACUUAAAUAAAAUAAUAUAAAUUAUUGUAGUUUCCAAAUAUAUUUUAAAGAAGAGUAUUAUAGAGUUACAAACAACUGUUAUUUAAAAAAAUCAUAUUGAUUGUUAUUUAUUGAAAAAAAAAGAAAAUAUUUAGAUUUAGUCGUUAAUGCGUACAAUAAUAUUUUUUUUUAUAACGAAUGAACUCAAAGUUUAUUUUUAAGAAUUAUUUUACGUAGUUUAAAAUAAAACUUAAACUUUUCAAAGCCUUUAAAUUAUCCGUCUUUAUGAUGUAAAUACGAAUGUCUAUUAGUAGACGGUAUUAACAUUAAAGCCUAGUACGCACAUCGCGCUAAAUUUUAGUUCCCACAGAUUUCUCUCUUAAAUUAGGCCGAGCUAAAAUUAAAACAGAGUUUUGCGCAGCUGCAACUAAAAAUCACAUUUUCAUUUCUAACUGUAUAUUUUUAUCAGUCAAAAUUAGUAGAACCGUAAAAACGAUGAAGAAAAAAAUGUCAGAUAAAAUUUAGCGCUAUCUGCGAACUAAGCUUUAAGCUUGAAUAAAAGAAAAAAUCAUCUAAAGAAAUAUGUAUUUCCGAGACACAGCUAGGUAAUACAAUUUUGAUUGAAUCAUUUGCUUUAUAAAUAAACUCUUCUCAUAGUUGAUUAAAA